GUUUUGCCAUUGUCAAUCUUCUUAAGGAUUCUUUUAUUUCACUGUUUGGGCCGAAUACGAAUAAGGCCCAAAUAAGGCACCGACUAAUCAAAGAAGUCUCAUCCUUCUUCUUUUAAGUAUCACGUUCUCUUUUCAAAUCUGCCAUCGUCUCUGUCUCCCUUUUAAAGCUCUGCCAUUGUCUCUGUUUUAAACUCUGUUCAAGAAUGGAUCAUGAUCAAGAAGCGGUACCAGAGGUGGAGAAAGCAGUCAUUAUGGAACAAAAUGCUGACGAAAGGCGUGGUUACGUGAUCACGCUCCAGGGUGAUGAUCAAGAAGCGGUACCAGAGGUGGAGAAACGUGUAAUCAUAGAAGAGGAUGUUGAUGGCAGGCGUUCUUACUUGAUAACACUUGAAGACAAACUGGAUCAAGAACAAGAAAAACUACUAUUGGCAUCAUGUUCUCUACUUAAGAUUUACCCAUCCCUUGAUGAUGAUGAGUAUGCUGGCAUUGAAAGAAGCAUGGGGUGGAUGGAUUUUCAGAAGUUCUAUCAUAAUUGCUUGAGUCACAAGGAAUCUGAAGAAGAAACAGAAGAGGAAACUCUCGCUAGAGCCCACCAACUAAGAAAUCUCUGGAUUGGUAAGAUGAUCUCAGCCUAUGAUGUGCCAGAAGAGGAACGUGGAGAUGUGCCGUUUAAACCCUACAACGUCGAUGAUCUAGAGGCGGUAAAAGAAACAUUCGGAGAAGAUCUAUAUCGUACAAUCCGUAAAGCUUUCCGCGAGGUACGUGUGGCGUUCAAGACUGGGGUUGAAUACAAGCCAUGGAACAGAGGAGAGGGAAGAGAAGCGACGCUAAAUGAACUCUUGGACGCGCUUCCGAAGGUAGCUCGACCGCCUAGUCAUCGCCGUCGUUAAGUUUACCGGCGAUGUUCUUGAAUUUCGAGUCUUAGGGUUCUUUUAUUUUGGACUGGGCUUUCAUUGCCUUUUGUUCGGCCUUUACUUUUUUUUUAUGGUUUGAUUUGAUACCAAAGCCGAUCACAAUUUGGUACGGUUUCGGUUUAGGUUUAAAUAGUCAGGUUUAUAAACCAACCAUCGUUUGUUUGUAACAAGGGCCUCACUUUAAUCUGAAAUGAGUAUAUAAGCCAACCAU